AACUAAUCCCGAUGCCGGGACGGUUAAGAGUGAAGGCUGCGGUCCUGCCCACGUGCCAGCGCCCUUCACACCCCCAAACCCGCUUUCGUCUUGUUUUUGCUGCCUUGUAUUGCAGAACCUGCAAAAAGAGUAACUUUGUGUCUGCAGUUCUUCCUGCUUUACACUUUCGUGAUUUCAGAACAGAGCAAGUCGCUUGCGCGGAGCAGGGGAAAACAUCUUAAACUCUGUUAUUGUUGUUUCACAGUUCUAGGAGCGUGCAGAAAUGUCUCCCUUCGAAAAUAAAGGACUAAUACUGGGAAUAAUGGCAGGGACUGCUGGAUUAAGCCUGGUACUGGUUUGGUACCACAAGAUCCGAAAGUCUGGCGCAGCUGUGCGUAUACGUGCGUUCCAGGAUAUAGGUAACAGAAUUAAUUCUGUGGUCUUGCAAAACGAGGCUCCUAAUGAGCAAGGAGCAGUAAUGGUUUUACAUGGAAGGCAAUUGCAGAUACUAGAAAAAUUAAACGGCCUGCUACUAAGCGUAGAUGAACUGAAGAGAGAGGUGGAAUUUCUGAAAGAAGCUAUUCCAAAACUUGAAGAGCUUGUUCGAAAUGAGCUUCAAGGAAAAGGUGAUGUUCAGAGAGUUAGUCCAUCACACAGAGCAACAAGGCGGAGGAAAGCAGAGACAGCUUCUGGUGCAAGAGAAACUACCAGCUCUGAGGAGGCAGAAAGUGAAGGAGGUUACCUUACCGCUCAUACUGAUUCUGAAGCAGACUCCGAGGAAGAAAAGAGAUGUAUGAAAUCACUUGAUGCCAUGGUGAAAUCAGAAGAAGAUGAAGACUUAUUUAACUUUUUACAGCAGGUGGACAAUUUGCACAAGGGUUCAGAGGAUGAUAAAAAGGAGGGCUUCAGACUGCUGCUUGAGAAAGAUGACAAGUAUGAAAACUGUGUGGACUUUCUUUGGAGGCUUGCACGUGCUUAUGGAGAUCUGUUUGAGAUGACUGCUGAUGCUGAGGAGAAAAGGAAAUAUGUAACUGAUGGAAAGAUUAAAGCUGAAAAGGCUGUUCAGCUGGAUGCUGGGAGUGCUGAGAGUCACCAGUGGUUUGCAAUUAUGUGUGGCUAUAUGUCUCAGUUUGAAAGUGUACAAAACAAAAUCAGGAAUGGUUAUCUCUUUAAGGAGCAUCUAGACAAAGCAAUUGAACUUAAGCCUCAAGAUCCCUUUUUGUAUUACCUAAAUGGAAGAUGGUGCUAUUCAGUAGCUCAGCUGUCUUGGAUUGAAAAGAAAGUAGCUGCUGCUCUCUUUGGGACUCCACCAACUUCAACAGUAGAAGAAGCAUUGCAGAAUUUCCUUAAGGCAGAAGAAAUGCAUCCAGGAUAUUCCAAAUGCAAUUAUGUGUAUUUGGCAAAGUGCUAUAAAGAUCUUGGCCAGAAAAACAAUGCACUGAAGUACUGUGAUUCUGCACUGUCAAUUCUCUCAGUUACUAAUGAGGAUAAAGAGGCCCAGAAAGACUUAGAGGCUUUACUUCUUACACUGAAGCUCUGAUACUACGUACUUUUAACUCUUCAUGCUGUAAUAAAAUUGCAAAACUAAAAUGAGAAUCUACAGUGACUGGAAACUGCGGGUGAAUUUCAGCUAAAUCAGUGGAAAAACAGUCAUUGAUUUUGGUUGGAUUGGAUCAUGGCCUUUAAGUGUAUGGUGAUUAUGAUAUUAAAAUAAUACAUUCGUUUUUGAUUAUUUACAAUCUUGUACUGAAGUUUAAUUUUAGAUUUCUGACACUGUGAGUCUGAUUCUCAUGAACAUGAAGUCCAUUGCUGGCAAUGGACCUACUGGGGGUUAGAAUGCAAAAGGAAUAAAUCUCACUCUUCAAAAGAUUAUUCAACUAGUACAUGAUGCCAGCAUAGAACUGUGUGUAGCAUAAACAAACAAAAAAUGUUUCUAUAGUAAAUUAUAUUUAUAUCAACUAAUUUACACAGAUGUGUACAGAAGAAAAUCAUGAAUAUUUAUGUUUACACAUUUCUCUACUUUUAAAAAAGUUACAGUCUUGUUGAAGUUAAACAAAGCUGUUGCCACAACAAAGCUCUUUUUACUUAAAACAUAUUGUUGGUUUUACAAAGAAAUGUGAAAAUUUUAUAAAUUAAAUAUUAUAAUUUAUUUGUAGUAUCAAGUACAAUAUUAAAGAUCAGACCAAUUAAAUGAAGUGGUUAGAUUAAUAUGUUGCAGAUGUGAUGUUUAAUGGAUUUGUAUCAGGACCUCCAUCAAGUUUGUGAAGUCUGACUAUCUUUGAAGAGUUGCCUAAUGUGGUUUCAUCAGAGUGUCUCUGGAGAACCUUCUCCAGCAUGUGUCCAUCACUAACCUUUUAUAUCAUCUGUGUAACAUAACCUGUACAUAAAAAUAGACUACCAAAGACCUACUACUUCUGUCUGUUUUGGACAGCAGUGUCCAAAUAUUUUCAAUAAAAUGUAGCAGAUAGGGAAAGAAUUUCCAUUCACCACUGGAGUGAUCCAGAAUAUACCAGUCUGUAGAAGAAUAGAGGCCAGUUGUGAUUGGCUUUUAAUUCAGGAUCUUAAUCUAGAUGCAGGGAGUGUACCUGGAAGAAGUAAGCAUUUCUGUUAAAGAACAUAGAAUUGAGUAAAGACAACUAAAUGAUCCCUUGAUCUAUUUGAUGUGUAAAAUAAUGUGGACCACUUUAUGGUAAAGACAGGGAGAUCCUCACAAAUUGAAGUAUGCAUAAUGCUCAUCCUGUGGAAGAACAGUUUCUAUAUGUCUCAAUUCAAGAGUUCUUUUUUUUUCUUAAUACAUAAUUUCAGAGAAAAGGGAAAAUACUGUGAAAGAUUAGUCCUAACCAUUUGUUCUGUGGCAGAGUGUUGUGAUUCACACAGAGUAACUGACUUGUUGUGAAUGGGGAAGUGGGAAAGGUGACACAUUGUGAUUUUGGUAAGGGGCUGUUGGUAAAGUCUGGUUUUGAUCUUUUCAUAGCCAAUGCAGGAAGCAUUGUUUAAAAGUAUAUGAGAUUUGCACUUAGAUUAGAUUUGCACUUAGGGUUGUUGUUAACAAAUCACUGUCACCUAGGAAGAUGUAGUAAGGAGGCCUUUAAUGAAAUCAAUUUUAUGCUAAUUUAUAUAAUUUAUAAAAUAAAUUGGAUUAUGCAAUAGAUACUUCAUUUACAAGUAAUUAUUCAUGAUAAAAGCUGAAAAUGUAUUGGAGGAACAGAUUAGAACAAGAAGUUACUUAUAUUAAUUACUGAAAUUACAUUAUGUAAGUAGGAUUUACUUCAUUAAGGGCAAAUAUAAAGUCUUGAAUUGAAGUAAUUAGCAGAAAGAGACUGGAGACCAGGCUAGUUGUAAUUCUAUGGAAAAGGACUUGGAAAAUGCAGAUUCCAGUGAGUGGCAAGUUAAUCAUGGGUCAAUAAUGUUAUGUUUUUGUGAAAAAGCAAAUUUCAUACUAGACUGAAUAAAUAAACAUUCCCCAUUAAA